GCAACUUAAUUAACUGUUAAAGCAAACAUUUUAUAUUGUUUUAUAAAAGACGUUACGUGUUUUUUUUUAAGUUUCACAACAUUGAAAAAACUAUUUAAAAAAAGUUAGCAUAAAGCAUUUUUAAAGAUUCGGAUUGCAGAUAUAAGAUGCGUUUUACCUUUGCGAUAUUUUUAUUGGUUAUCGGAGUAUGCUUGGGAGAGACAAACAUUUGGAACUCUUUUCGUUCUAAAAUAAAUAAUAUUCGUAAAAAAGUAUCUUCAAAUUUAAAAGAAAUAUUGGAAGUUAAAAACGAAGAAUAUCCUAAAUUUUGUCACAACUUAAAAUGUCCCAAGUUCACUAUCAAGUCAAAAGGCGAUGGUUACGAGGAAAGGUGUUACGAAGAGUCAACAUGGGCGACAACUUCAAUCCAAGCGCCACAUACACAAAAAACAUCAUUUCGACCGAUGUUCCAAACCCUUUUCAAAUAUAUUAGCGGUGAAAAUGAUCAAAAAGUUAAAAUACCGAUGACUGUACCAGUUCUUGUCGCAAUGAAAAUGUCAACUGACAAAAAUGAUUCUUUGGAUAUUAAAAUGCAUUUUUUCGUUCCUCCUACAAAUUUAACUAUACCCAAACCUACCAGUGAUGCUGUUAAGAUUCUAAAUUAUCCUAAAGUUUGUACCUACGUAAGAGUUUUUGGAGGAUAUCAAAUGGAAAUCAAUAAGAACCUGUUGUAUCAACGCAAGAAACUUACAAACGCACUUGACAAAGCCGGUCUAAAAUACCAAGAAUCGUUAAUGGUUUAUGCAGGUUACGACUCACCAUGGAAAGUGUUUCACAGACAUAACGAAAUAAUGUUAGGUGUUAAAUCUGAAGAAACUAAUAUGCCAAGCAUUCUAUCAAAUGAAAUUUCUCCACAUGUUCAAUCGAACGAUGUUGUUUAACUUUUCAACUUUUCUUAAUUUCAAAAGACAUUGUAAUUGAUUUUUUUGUUUGUUUUUUGUUGCAAUUACACAAGCUAACGUUCUUAUGUUGAGUAAUUUGUCCUUUAUAUUAAUCAAAAAUUGUGAGAUAAAUGUUUUUU